AUGUCCUCGGUCAUCACGAUCUUCUUCCCCGUCUUCGCAUCGUUCAAAGCCCUCCGUUCCUCCGACCCCUCCCAGCUGGCACCAUGGCUGAUGUACUGGGUGGUUCUCUCGGUCAUUAUCUGGGCGGAAUCAUGGACCUACUUCAUCAUCGGAUGGUUCCCAUUCUAUAGCUGGAUUCGCCUCUUCUUCCUAUCUUAUCUCGUUCUUCCACAGACGCAAGGGGCUCGCCUACUGUACCAGGGCUACGUGGAUCCGUUUUUGGCACACCAUGAGCGGGAGAUUGAGGAAAUGAUUGGCCACACCCAUGAGAAGGCAAAGGCCCUGGGCCUGCAGUACUUCUACCAAGCUAUCGAUAUGAUCCGGGAGAAGGUUCUGGGCCUACCCCCACAGCGCCCCGAAACACCGCCUCAGCAAGGUGCUGCGUCGUAUGCGCAAUCGCUGCUCUCUCGCUUCAACAUCCCCUCUGCCGGAGCCGCGGCCGCCUCCAACGAUUGGUACUCCGUUCUCAGCUCCGCUGUGGGGGCCGCAACAUCUACCGGACGGUCUCGUGAAGCUCAGGAUGAGCAUCUUUCUGCCAGUGGCACUCUUCUCCAGCGCCAGAUGCAGUCUAUGUCUGGGGCCGAGAAGGCACAGUUCAUUUCAUCACAGCGAGAGCUCCUGGAUCAUCUUCGAUCGACUUUAACCCGCGAGGAACAAAGCACCCCCCGGGAGGCCGACAACGAUGAUUUGGCCUACGGCGUGCCCCUACGCAAGAACCGGAGCGAGAAUUCCUUUGAAGUCGUUGACGACGAGGAUCUUGGUCGUCGCUCGGAUCGCAAGACCAGCGGCGGAUGGACUACUGGAUGGUUUAGCAACGAGCAGGACUCGUCUGGCUCGUCUGGCACGGAUUUCGCGGCCCGUGCUAUUGACGAGAUCGCCCGGGCUCGCGCUACCGGGUACGAUCGAUCUUGA